AAAAGAAAAGAAAACCCUAUUUUCAAUUUCCUCUCUCUCUCUCUCUCUCUCCUUUCUCGGUCGAUUGCUCUCAAAUCCUCCGCUUCGGACACCAUCGAAGCUCGAUCCUUUGCUGCUCUCUUUCUCUCUCAAGAAACCCUAUUCCCUCGUCUUCUUCGCGUACCCAACAGAGGAAUUCGCGGGAUUAGGGUCGCCUCCUUCUUCUUCUUCUUCCUUCUUUCUUCUUGGGUUUUUUUCUCUAUUUGGUUUUUCUUGGUGGGUGUGUACAGCAGAGGAGGAGGAGUUGGAGGAGGAGGAGGGAUGGACAUAGAACAGAAGCAGGUGGAGCUCAUCGACCACUUCGUGAAGCAGGCCUCCGCCCUCAACGGCCCCGCCCUCUCCCCUCUCAUCGCCGAGGCCACCUCCAACCCUAACCUCUUCGCCUUCUCCGAGAUUCUCUCCGUCCCCAACGUCCUCGAGCUUGAAGGGACCGAAUAUUCCGUAUACCUUGAUGUUCUACGCUUGUUUGCUCAUGGCACGUGGAGUGAUUACAAAGGUAAUACUGGCCAGCUACCACACUUGGUGCCUGAUCAAGUCCUCAAAUUAAAGCAACUUACUGUGCUUACUCUGGCUGAGACAAACAAGGUGCUACCAUACGAUCAACUAAUGCUGGAAUUAGAUGUUGUAAAUGUACGAGAGCUUGAAGAUUUUCUUAUUAACGAGUGUAUGUAUGCGGGUAUAGUUAGAGGAAAGCUUGAUCAGUUGAGAAGAUGCUUUGAGGUGCAAUUUGCUGCAGGGAGGGAUUUGAGACCUGGACAACUUGGCAAUAUGAUAAAAACACUAUCAGACUGGUUGACUACAUCAGACAAUCUUCUUCACACUAUUCAAGAAAAGAUAAAAUGGGCUGAUACUAUGAGUGAAAUAGACAAGAAACACCGAAAGGAUGUAGAAGAGAGAGUGGAAGAUGUGAAGAAGUCUCUUUCCAUCAAGAAGUUACACCCUGUAAGCAGGCUGACAUUGACUUCCGAGGGCAUGAGGAGAUCUACUCUGAACCUGGCGGAGUGAUGGAUUAUGAAGAAGAUAGAGGAGGCCGACCCAAGAGGAGGCGUCACCCAGUAUAGAUAGAUUGCGAACUUUCUGCAUGGGAUUUUGAUGCAACCAGCCAGAAUUUUCGCAAAGGCAUUGCGGAGCGGAUAAAGUGACGGGCCUUUCCUUGACACUGAAUUUUCAGUUGAUAUUUGGAAAAAUCACUGGCUUGUCUUUGUUAGGGUUGCUAUUUAUUGAGUGGGCGGAGCUUACAUCGUAUUCGAUGGCGAGGGCUGGAAUUUUACAUGGUGGAAUACCAAAGUCUUUUUAGGAUCUGUUGCCAUUGAGCUUUCUCAAUGUUUCUUGCGCCAACAGCAUUACAUUCCAUGGAUCUGUCAUCAUUUGAUUUCUUACAGUUUAUUGGUUCUAAGUUCUCACAAUUCUCGCCCUUCUAGCUAUCUGUAAUAUGUAUUCUCGCCCAGGAGGCGAAGAUAAUUUUUCGAAUCGUGUGUUUUGAUCUCACUCUAGGUAUGUGGAGGCAUUGAACUCGGUCUUGGAAA